GAAGACGCUACAGCGUGGAAGAAGUAGCACAUGUGACUGUAGCGCGUCUGUUCCAAGCUCAUAACAAGAGGGAAAGGACACAAGUUUGCGACUACAUCGGUUUAAAGAAUCUACGACUCCAUCUGAACGAAGAUGAAGCCAGGGUUCAGUCCUCGUGGAGAUAGGGGAGGCAGAGGUGGAGGCCGAGGAGGCGGUGGUAGAGGAGGAUUUGGUGACCGUGGACGAGGAGGAUUCAGAGGAGGAAGAGGUGGGGGAUUCAGGUCUCCAGAUGGUGGAGGAUUCCGAGGCAGAGGAGGUGGCAGAGGCACUCCAAGAGGAAGAGGAGGCAGGGGAGGAGGAGGCAGAGGUGGUAGAGGUGGUUUUGGAGGAGGGAAGAAGGUCAUGGUGGAGCCCCACAGACAUGAAGGUGUGUUCAUCUGCAGAGGGAAGGAGGAUGCCCUGGUGACCAAAAACAUGGUGGUGGGAGAGUCUGUGUAUGGAGAGAAGAGGAUUAGUGUAGAGGAUGGGGAGACAAAGAUCGAGUACAGAGCUUGGAAUCCUUUCCGCUCCAAACUGGCAGCAGCGAUCUUAGGAGGUGUGGACCAGAUCCAUAUCAAGCCAGGAGCCAAGGUCAUGUAUCUGGGAGCUGCCUCGGGAACCACAGUAUCUCACGUUUCUGACAUUGUUGGACCAGACGGACUGGUUUAUGCUGUGGAGUUUUCCCAUCGAUCAGGUCGUGACCUUCUGAAUGUGGCAAAGAAACGCACCAACAUCAUUCCCAUCAUCGAAGAUGCUCGGCAUCCACAUAAAUACCGCAUGUUGGUUGGUAUGGUGGAUGUGAUUUUUGCAGACGUUGCCCAACCUGACCAGACUAGGAUUGUUGCUUUGAAUGCACACAACUUCCUGAAGAACGGAGGACACUUUGUGAUCUCCAUAAAGGCUAACUGUAUAGACUCGACAGCAGCACCAGAAGCAGUGUUCGCCUCAGAAGUGAAGAAGAUGAGCUCUGAAAACAUGAAACCACAAGAGCAGCUCACACUGGAGCCCUACGAGAGAGACCACGCCGUAGUGGUGGGCAUCUACAGACCUCCACCAAAACAGAAGAAAUGAGGAGUGGGACUUUGCCACCUUUUCACUGACCCUGACACCUUUACCCCAUCUGUCUGUGGAUUAAGGUUUAUUGCAUUUGUUGGACUCACAACAGGUCUACGCUCCAGAGCAGCUUCAAACCUUGAAGAUUAAAGUAUCCCCGUCUUGUGUAUUAUUUUCCCUUCCAACGAUAAGUUGUCAGUGAAUUUUAUAUCUACCGCCCUGUGAGAGGGUUAAAUUUUUUUUUAUCUUUAAGAACUGUUUUAUCUCAAAAAACAAAUAUUUGUUAACAAACUUUGCUGUAGUUGUGGAAACUCGUUCAGCUACUUCAUGGUUUAAAGAUUUUGUUUUUACUGUUUUGUUUUUUUUUUUUUUUUUUUUUUUUUGCUCUGCUUUAACUUUGUGUGGAUGCUCCUGAUCCUAAAUAACCCAACUCGUACAGUUAGUAUAUUUAAUGUUACAUGAUCUGUCACAACUUAUAUAUAUAGUAAAAUGUACUUUAUGCUUAGAUUAGAAGAGCACAGUGCCCACUUUGUGGCUAUGGAGAAUCACAAUUUUGAAUUGGGUUUUAUUUGUAACUGGUCAUACUAUCCAUUUAAAAAGAUCCCUAUCAAGUGCACUCUGAAUGGACGUGAGGGGAGACGGAAUCCAGACUUGACUGCAGGUGAUCCAUCCACUUUAACUGAACAGACGGCUGAAGCCUUGGCUUAUCAGAUGAACUGUGAAGAAACACAGGACAAGGACUGAGGGUUUUGUCCCCUGUGACUUGUGUUGAAAGUACAUAAGUAAUGGUCAGAACAGGACCACCUGAUCCGAUCUGAGGACAAACCCAACCAUCAUUUGAACAUAGUAAACUUCUCAUUUUAUGUGGGUACUGUUAGUGCCGCAACGACCAACUCUUCUGUGUGUGUACAAAUUUUGACAUUCAUUCUCACCUGUAGUUUGGUAACAUAGGCCUACAAUUUACUGUGGUGUUAAAGAAGCAGAAAGAUUGUGGAGAAAAAAAGUGAUGUUUGACUCCCUUUAUUUUUGACACAACUGCAAACUUUAUAAUAAAGUUUGAUUCUCGUUUUUUGA